AUGACAGUUUUAGUUAUACACACAAAUGGUGUCAAUAAAACCAAAAGCACCACAGCCAGUAGCAGCAGUCAUGUUAUGCAUGCCAGCAACAGCAACAACAACAGCCAUGCCAGUAAUGCAACGUCCUUUACUACAACAGAAACAGUAGCAGCAACAACAACAAAUGGGUCUGCAGCAGGAUAUCGUGACAGCCAUAAAAUUGCUGCAACACAAAUAAAUAACAGCAGUUGCAGCAACACCACCUCCCUCUCCUCUGCUGCAAAAUCCACGACUGGUAGCACCCCUUUCACUUCCACAAAUCUCUUUCAAUUACUUUCCAUAGUCGGCUUAUGUCUCGUCUGCUAUUACAAUUCAACACAAUGUGGUCUGGUAUUCGAUGAUAUCAGUGCAAUACGAGACAAUAAGGAUUUACGACCCACCAGCCCUCUACGUCAAAUAUUUCUCAAUGAUUUCUGGGGUACACCAAUGCGCAAGGAACACUCUCAUAAAUCCUAUCGCCCGCUAACCGUUUUAACAUUUCGUUUUAACUAUUGGCUGCAUGAACUGCAACCGUAUGGCUAUCAUGCUGUCAACAUUCUACUGCACAUUGCAGUGUGUCUCAUAUGGCGGCGUGUUAGCCGUCUCCUGCUAAUGCAAUGUACCCAACGCCAACAAUUUGCUCAAAAUACCUCCUUCAUAAGUUCGCUGCUCUUUGCCGUACAUCCCAUACACAGUGAAGCGGUAACUGGUGUGGUAGGUCGUGCUGAAUUAUUAUCUUCGAUAUUUUUCCUGUUAGCAUUUCUGUGCUAUGCCAAGGCUGUUAAGAAUCCAGUUCAAUCUCCUUCUUCGAAAUUACAAAAAUCUGUUAAACUACUCAACAAAUGUUCAACAACUCAAUGGCCAAUGUUAUUUCUCAAUUUUUCGCUGUGUCUGCUGGCCUCAAUGUUAUGCAAGGAACAGGGCAUUACCAUAGCAGGUAUUUGUGUAACAUAUGAACUCUUUGUGGUACAGCGCAUACAUCCUCUCCAGCUGUGGUCGACAUUGCUGAAUCUAUUCGAAGAACGCUCAUCUGCAUCGUCGUCAUCAUCAGCAUCACCUACAAAUAAGGCUGCAACAUCAACAACUGCAUUUAACUCAGGCUCUCUAUCACCACCACUCCCUCCCAUAACAUGGAGUUCCGCCUUACUGAAACGUUUAACAUUUUUAGUUUCCAUAACGCUAUGCCUCUUGGUCGGUCGUGUCUAUGUUAUGGGCUCUCAACUACCUGUAUUUACACGUUUCGAUAAUCCGGCUUCGGCUGCAGAUGCUCCAGUACGACAGCUCACCUAUAGUUAUUUGAUUUAUUUGAAUUCUUGGCUCCUGUUAUUUCCAUGUGAUUUAUGCUGUGAUUGGACUAUGGGUACUGUACCCCUGAUAGAGGGCUUUGGUGAUAUACGUAAUGUGGCCACGCUAAUAACCUUUGCCUCUUUGGCUGCCCUAAUUUGGACAGCAUGUCGCAGUAAAAGUCUACAACAUUCCCGCAUGCUAAUUAUGUGUUUGGCUUGGAUAAUUUUGCCAUUCCUGCCAGCCUCGAAUCUAUUCUUUCCCGUUGGUUUUGUGGUGGCCGAACGUAUCUUAUAUAUGCCUUCAAUGGGUUUCUGUCUGCUGAUAGCCUAUGGUUAUGAAAGAAUUAAGGAGUCACUGGUGGAGACGAAAUCUCCUCAGCGAUGGCAAUUUAUAUGGAAAUUAUCCUUGGUGGCCCUGCUGCUGACACAUAGCGCCAAAACUUAUCAACGUAACAAAGAUUGGAUUAAUGAAUAUUCAUUGUUUAUGUCGGGGGUACAUGUCAACGAUCGCAAUGCUAAGCUAUUUAAUAAUGUCGGUCAUGCACUGGAAAAUGAAGGGCGAUUCCAGGAGGCUUUAUUGUAUUUCCAACAAGCGGUACACAUACAACCCGAUGACAUUGGGGCCCAUAUUAAUGUGGGUAGGACAUACAACAAUUUGAAAAUGUAUGAUGAAGCUGAGAAGGCAUAUCUGAAAGCAAAGUCGCUAUUUCCACGCAUCAAACCGGGAGAAAGUUAUCAGGCCCGCAUUGCCCCAAAUCAUUUGAAUGUUUUCAUAAAUUUGGCAAAUUUAAUUGCACGCAAUCAAACCCGUUUAGAGGAGGCUGAUUUCCUAUACCGUCAAGCGAUUAGCAUGCGUGCAGAUUAUGUCCAGGCCUAUAUAAAUCGUGGUGAUAUUCUAAUGAAACUCAAUCGCACCCUGCAGGCUCAAGAGGUGUAUGAAAAGGCCUUGCUUUAUGACAGUGAAAAUGCGGAUAUUUAUUAUAAUUUAGGCGUGGUAUUCCUAGAGCAGGGUAAAAGUGCCCAGGCCAAUGUUUAUUUCAAUAAGGCUCUCGAAUUAUAUCCGGAACAUGAACAGGCCUUACUGAAUUCGGCAAUUCUCUUACAAGAAAUGGGUGGUCCUGAAGCUAGACAACUAUCGCGGGAAAGGUUACACAAAAUCUUACAAAAAAAUGGCGACAAUGAAAAGGUCUAUUUUAAUUUGGGUAUGUUGGCCAUGGAUGAAAUGGAUUUCGAAGCUGCGGAACAAUAUUUCAAGCGGGCCAUACAUUUGAAAGAAGAUUUUCGUAGUGCUCUCUUCAAUUUGGCUCUGCUAUUGGCUGAUGCCAAUCGCCCUUUGGAUGCUGUACCAUUUCUUAAUCAAUUAAUACGCCAUCAUCCCGAUCACAUUAAGGGUCUAAUACUCUUGGGAGACAUCUACAUAAAUCACAUGAAAGAUUUAGAUGCUGCUGAAAUUUGUUAUCGCUCCAUAUUGAAAUUGGAUCCCCAUAAUAUACAGGGCCUACACAAUCUGUGUGUGGUCUUCGUGGAACGUAAACACAUGCUAAAGGCCCAGCAAUGUCUACGUUAUGCCCAUCAGUUGGCACCGGGAGAAGAAUAUAUACUGCGUCAUUUGCAAAUUGUCGAACAACGUUUGCAAAAAAUCAACAAGUUACCUGAUCAAUCACCUGAAAAACAACUUGCCUUGGCUGAUUUCAAUCCAAAAGAAUUUCCUCCUUCCUCCUCAUCAUCAAAAUCAACAGCAACAACAUCAUCAUCAACGACAACAAAAACAACCUCAACAACAUCGAGUCAAACUCCAGAUACUAAUUUAGGCAAGAAUACGAAUAACAACAAGCAACAACAACAGCGUAAAACAUCUAAUAAAUCCACAACAACAACAGCAACUACAUCAAAAUCAUCAUCACCUACAACUUCACAAUCUACUACCCAUCAUACAUAG